UCACUGUUGUGUAAAACUCCAGUAUGUCCAAUGAUGGAACUAAAAAGAAGGGGAAAGUGCCCGGGGACAAAAAGACAACUAAGAGAAGAGCGAAGAGGAGGGAAACCUAUGCGGUGUAUAUCUACAAAGUUUUGAAGCAGGUUCAUCCAGACACUGGCAUCUCCAGCAGGGCAAUGAGCAUCAUGAAUUCAUUUGUGAAUGAUGUGUUCGAGCGCAUCGCUACAGAAGCUUCCAGGCUGGCACAGUAUAACAAGCGCUCCACCAUCACCAGCCGAGAGGUGCAGACCGCAGUCAGACUCCUGCUGCCUGGAGAACUCGCCAAACACGCCGUGUCCGAGGGGACCAAAGCCGUCACCAAAUACACAAGCUCGAAGUGAACUCCUUGAAUGGGUGGGGGCAUUUCAAUUUAAAACAAUAAAAACAUGUGUUAAAGGGAUAAUUACUAAUAAAUGUGCACAUAGAAAGCUGA